AUGCACACAGUUUUAACGCGCGGUAACGCAAUCUUAGCCUACACUCUCAGCGUCCUCGCCUGCCUCACAUUUUGCUGUUUCAUCUCGACAGUGUUUCUUGACUAUCGCACAAAUGUCAAAAUAAAUGCCGUCAAAACUUUAGUCAAGAAUGUGCCAAAUUAUGGCAAUAAUAAGGAAUUGAAUGACUUGGGAUUCAUCACGUUCGAUCUGCAGACAGACUUGAGUGGAUUGUUCAACUGGAAUGUCAAGCAAUUGUUUUUGUAUUUGACGGCUGAGUACAAGACGCAAAAUAAUGAAUUAAAUCAGGUCGUUCUCUGGGACAAAAUCAUCCUUCGAGGUGAAAAUGCCGUUCUCGACUUCAAAAACAUGAACACAAAAUAUUAUUUCUGGGAUGAUGGCAACGGUCUUCGUGCACACAAGAAUGUAACACUCACAUUAAGCUGGAAUAUCAUACCAAAUGCUGGACUUCUGCCGACACUCUUUGGAAUUGGUGAACAUUCAUUUAAAUUCCCAGAACAAUACACAAUGCAGCCUGUGUAA